AUGGCAGAACAACAUACAACUGGUUUUGGCAAAUAUAUGUCAUUCAUUACAAACCGUUUACUUGAAAAUACCGUAUGGACAUUUGCUGAAUUAGGUAUUGCUGAUCUUUUUGCAGCUGUUGAUAAACCACAGACAGCUGAAGAAUUAGCAAAAAAACAAGGAUGGAACAGUGAAUAUCUUUAUCGACUCUUACGAACAGUAACUGAUGCUGAUAUUGUACGUGAAAUAAAAUCUGAUCAAACAAUCGAACCAGAAAAAACAAAUCGUUUCGAAUUAACUGAACAUGGCCGUCUUUUAACAUCGGAUCAUCCAAGUAAAACUCGAUAUUUACUUUGCUGGGAAUUAAGUCCACUCGUUAAAACAGCUUCAAAUUAUUUACCUAAUUUAAUACGUGAUGGUCCUAGUAAGGGUACUGGAGUUCAAUAUGUCAUUGGUAAUCAAUCGACUUUUGAUUUUUUUCAAAAAAAAGAAAAUAAGAAAAUUGCUAGUGAUUUUAAUGAAGCUAUGACAUGUAUCUCAAAAAAUUACAGUCAACCACUUAUUAAUACUAUUGACUUUGGUCGAUUCAAUAAAAUUGUUGAUAUUGGUGGUAGUUUAGGUUUACUUUUAUCUCAAAUACUUAAAAAAUAUACAACAAUUCAACAAGGUAUUUGCUUUGAUUUACCUAGUGUUAUUCAACAAGCAAAACUUGUAAAUGAAUUUGACAAACAGAAUAUAUCAAAAGAUCGAUAUCAAUUCAUCAGUGGAGAUAUGUUUGAUGCAACGACAAUUCCACAAGCUAAUGCUUAUAUUAUGAAAAAUAUCAUUCACGAUUGGAAUGAUCAGCGAGCAAUUGAUAUUUUUAAAGCUAUUCGAAAAGCAGCUAAGGAACAACAAGUGACAUUAUUUCUUAUUGAAUUUGUUAUAUUACCAGAAAAUGAACAAAAUAAACGUAUUAAUAAUAUUGCACAUAGUAUCGAUAUGCAUAUGAUGGUAAUGUUAGGUGCAAAAGAACGUACACAAUACCAAUAUGAAUAUCUUUUAAAACAAGUUUCUAAUCAUGAUUUAUUAUAUUCACAAGAACCAACAGUCAAUACAAUUAAAAUUCAUAUUAAUCCUUUUUUCAAACCUCGUUCAUCACAUCAUACUAGUGAAUCUUCAACUGAAAUCGAACAACCACAACAUAAUUUAUCUGUAUCUUCACAAAGUCAAAGUCGCUCAUUAUCCUCUAAUCGACAAGUAAUAACAUCUACUAAUAAAGAAUCAAAAACAGUCAUUCAAAAAAAACAAUUAAAAUCAAAACAUCGUCGUGCAUCAAUCGAUAGAUCGGAAAAGAAAAAAGACAAAUUAAAACGUUUAUAUAAAGAAUAUUCUGAUGAAAAUUUAUGUGAACAUUGGAAACCAUUACGAACUCAACAAUGUUCUGAACUAUAUAUACCCGUUUCAUCUCAAUGGCAACCAGAUGGACAUCUUUAUCCAAUACAAAUUGCUCAGUAUGGUUUAAGUCAUUGGAGUCGAUUAGAACUCAAUUCAAAAAAUCAACAAAAUAAAAUAUAUAAAUUCGAACGAAUACAGCCAAAAGAAAAUAAUCAUUGUUCAUCAUGGCAUACAAUAAAAGAUGAAAUAUUUCUUUCAAAUACAUAUAUUCAUUUUACAAUUUCAUCAAAUUCUUCAUUACAUUUUCAUUUUUUCAAUAAUAAUAUUGAACUUAUUUAUUUGACAAAAACAAUACACGAUUUAGAAACUUUAACAAAGAGAAUUAUUCCACUUAAGGGUUCUCCUCGUCAAGUCAAUCGAUAUAUGCUAAUUGACAUAGAAAAACUCAUGAGAAAAACACUUGUUUUCAGACGUGAUUUCAUCAAAAUUCAAAUUUGUGGUGAUACACAAUCUGGUGUUGAUCAAUUAAUUAUUGGUAAUCAAACUUUGUAUGAUCAACAAGCUUUUUAUUCAGCAACACGAUGGUUAUUAAAUAAUCAAGAUUUACAAACAGGUUGUUGGUUUAUUCAUGUUCAACGAAAUUAUGGUCAUCAUACUCACUAUCAUUUACGAAAUCCGUGGUGUUCAGCAAUGGCACAAGGUCAAGCUGCAUCAUUACUCGUUCGUCUCUAUUCACUAACAAAUAAUAAGGAACAUUUAUUAGCUAUUCAAUAUCCAUUAGAAUCAGCAACUAAAGGUCUUUUUGUUCUUAAUGGAUGUCUUUAUGCUUUAAUUGGUAUCAUCGAUGCUAAUACAAUUGAUUAUCAACCAUAUUUAUCUGAAUUAAUAAAUCAAAUAAUUAUUUCAUUACAACAUAUGCUUCCAUAUUAUAUUCAUCCAAAUAUUUCGAAUUGGUCUCUUUAUGAUUUAAGUCAUAUAACAAUGAAAUCAAAAAUAAAUUCAGCUUCUUAUUCAUAUCAUCUUGUACAUAUAACUUUACUUCAAUGUUUACGACAGAUAUUUAAGAAGACAAAUGAUUCUAUAUCUCAACUAUUUGAUUUCUAUGUACAACGAUUUACAUCAGCUAUUUUGUAA